GGGGAAUUCCCGCAUCCCAUGAAGCGGGGCACUUGACCUGGCAUCUUUUGUAUCAGCCGAUUUGACCCAUAGGAUGCUCUCCAAUCUUGGGCUUUCUUCCAUGUCGACUGACCUGCAACGAAAUCCCAAGUCCCCAACACUUCGACGUGGUGUCCCGUAUCGGAGGGUUUGACGGAUUAUACGAACACGGAUAUUGUACCUUCCACCACCUAAUUGGUACAAAGAUGUCAUGCAACUCUGACUGUCAUACCUGCCCUAAGAGCAGCCAUCAAGAGGCAGCAGAAGCCCUCGCUGCCGCGCAGUCUAGAUAUGUCGCCAACAACCCGCUCUCCAAGAAGCAGCAUGAAUUGGCCGUUGAGUCGCUGCCAGGCGGCAACACCCGCACCUUGCUACACACUUCCCCGUUCCCCCUUUGCAUGAAGCAUGGAAAAGGCACUUUUGUGUGGGACGAAGAUGGCCACAAAUACACCGACUUCGUAGGCGAGCUCUCCGCCGGCCUUUAUGGGCAUUCUCACCCCGUCAUCCGCGCCGCCAUUCUCUCUACUUUUGACGAGAUUGGUCUUUCCCUCGGCUCCACCACCACUUACGAAGCCCGCUACGCCUCCCUUUUGUGUCAACGCUUCAAGCUCGAGCGAGUACGCAUGACCAACACAGGUACGGAAGCAAAUCUCCAUGCUCUGGCGGCUGCUAGGCACUACACAAGGAAGAAGAAAGUGGUGGUGUUCAACGGCGGAUAUCACGGUGCUUGUUUCUCGUUCGGGGGAGGUAAGGCGGCGCCGAAUACCGCUGACAAAGGCGAUUUUGUGGUUGUGCAGAAUUACGGGGAUGACGAGGCAGCUGCUGAGGCAAGAAGAGUCAUUGAGGAGACGGCGAGGGAGGGCGACCUGGCUGCGGUGUUGGUAGAGGGAAUGCAAGGUGCUGGGGGGUGCCUUCCGGGCAGCAAAGAGUUCCUGUUGGCGGCACAGGAAGCGGCAAAGAACACUGGAGCAAUCUUUAUCCUGGAUGAGGUGAUGACUUCCCGGCUGGCACCCAAUGGGUUAGGACAGGAGCUGGGACUGAGCCCGGAUCUGGUCACGCUGGGCAAGUACCUGGGUGGUGGAUUCAGUUUUGGAGCUUUCGGAGGAAAGAAGGAGAUCAUGGACUCUGUCUAUGAUCCGAGGGUGAAGGGCAGUCUGGCCCACUCGGGCACUUUCAAUAACAAUACCAUGACGAUGUGCGCUGGGUUUGCAGGGCUGAACCAGGUGUUUACGGAGGAAGUCUGUGUCGAGCUCAACAGGGUGGGAGACGUCUUGAGGGGGAGGUUGAAUGGGGUGGCAAAGAGAACACGGUUGAGAUUCACGGGGAGGGGCUCGUUGAUUGGGUUGCACUUCAGGGAGAAUGGGACAUUCGAGAGCCAGGAGAGGGCGGAUUUGAGAGAUCUAUUCUGGUUUGAGAUGCUGGAGGAGGGCUUUUGGACCACGAGAAGAGGGUUCAUUGCCAUGAUGUUGGAUACCCCUAAAGACGAGUUGGAUCGGUUUGUUGAUGCAGUGGGCAGAUUCUUGGAGAGGCAUGCUGGCAUCAUGAUGGUGUAGAUGUAGUGCGUCUACUACAUACUCUGUCGUUGUUUUCUGCUGGGCUUUCAGUGUGUUAUUCUCCUGUACUUCAGGAACAUGGUGGACGUGGACCGAGAUUCCAACGCCGAUCUGGCAGACUUGCCGAUGGAAGUUUGGAACUGAAACACCACACAGUUGGCUUGUUUCUGAUACAGCAUCCAAUUAGGUACCAGGUUGGCUUCGUUUUGUGUCUCCACGUCUUCGGAUAAUAGCCGGCUUUUACGGCAGUUGAUCCCACUUCC